UGAAUACUCCAAAUCCAUUCAAUCCAUCUCCACACUCCAGUGCCACCACGUUUCUAUAAUAUUCAACUCGGAGGUUAACCCAUCAAUCAUUUUCCUCUCUCCCACUAAUACAUGCGUAUUUUUUCAACAGACACCAUCAUCAUAAGCUCAGAUUCUCGUCUUGUUAUCGGAGAAGCCUCUGAACCUUAAAAUGGAGAGAAAUCAAGAAGAAAAUAACCAUGUGGAAGAGAUUUCUAUCUCUAAAGACGGUUCAAUUUGUGGGUAUGAGUCCCUUCAUCAUCUCCUCUGUGCCAACCUCAAGCCUCAUCUUUUCAAGGAAGUCAGCAGGUUGCUUCUAGGGAUGAAUUGUGGAAGGGCAAUUGAACAUGUAGAUCUUCCAGAGUUUGCAAAAGCUCUCUCUUCAGAACAUGAUUUUGACCUCCAGGCUUUUUGCUUUGGUGCUGACAAAGAGUUAUUAAGACAACCUCGAGUUGUUAGGGUGGGUCUCAUUCAGAACUCCAUAGCUCUUCCAACAACUGCCCCUUUUUUGGAUCAAAAGAGGGCUAUUUUCCAGAAAUUGAAGCCAAUGAUUGAUGCUGCAGGUUCUUCAGGAGUGAACAUAUUAUGUUUGCAAGAAGCAUGGAUGAUGCCAUUUGCGUUCUGUACUCGUGAGAAGAGGUGGUGUGAAUUUGCAGAACAUGUGGAUGGGGAGUCAACACAAUUUCUUCAGGAAUAUGCACGAAAAUACAACAUGGUCAUCAUAAGUCCAAUUCUUGAAAGAGAUGUGAAUCAUGGGGAGACUCUCUGGAACACUGCUAUUAUAAUUGGAAAUCAUGGGAACAUAAUUGGCAAGCAUCGAAAGAACCAUAUACCUAGAGUUGGUGACUUCAAUGAAAGCACAUAUUAUAUGGAAGGAAAUACUGGACAUCCUGUGUUUGAGACUGCUUAUGGAAAGAUUGCUGUUAAUAUAUGCUACGGGAGGCACCAUCCAUUGAAUUGGUUAGCAUUUGGCUUGAAUGGUGCUGAGAUUGUUUUCAAUCCAUCUGCCACUGUUGGUGAACUCAGUGAACCAAUGUGGCCCAUUGAGGCUCGUAAUGCUGCAAUAGCCAAUAGCUAUUUUGUUGGAUCUAUCAAUCGCGUUGGGACUGAGAAUUUUCCCAAUCCAUUCACUUCGGGUGAUGGGAAGCCACAACAUACAGAUUUUGGGCAUUUCUAUGGGUCUAGUCAUUUUUCAGCACCAGAUGCUUCUUGCACGCCCUCUCUUUCUCGUUACAAGGAUGGAUUGUUGAUCUCAGACAUGGACCUAAACCUUUGUAGACAGCUGAAAGACAAGUGGGGAUUUCGAAUGACUGCUCGCUACGAGUUGUAUGGUGAUUUGCUUGCCAAUUAUUUGAAGCCAGACUUUGAGCCCCAAGUCAUCUGUGACCCAUUGUUACACAAGAAGUCUUCAUAAGUUCCAGGUACUAUGGAAACUUGUAAUGGUAUGUCAAAUCAACAGCCAAAAUAAGUUCAGUGUGUGUUCAUGUUUGUAAAUAUUUGAACGUUAUUUUUCUUUCAUUGGACUAAGAUAGGGAUAAAUGAUGGGAAAAGAUAAACAUUUUGAGAGUGAUGAGGAACAUCACCAUUAAAAUGUUCUUUUUCAUUGUAAUACAAUAUCUUUUUUUUUUUUCAA